UUCUUGCACCGCGGAGGGUUGCUCGUUUGUGGGAAAGAACUGGACGGAGAUGACAAACCACAAAAAAGUUCAUAUAGUCAGGGUACGGUGUGAUCAGUGUAAGAAAACAUUCAGUGAUAGCUGGUUCCUGAAGCAGCAUCAGCAUGUUCACUCUGAAGAGCGCGUGGUGUAUCACUGCCCCAGAGAUGGAUGUUCCCGCUCUUACACCACUGCGUUCAGUCUUCAGAGCCACAUACUGUCAUUCCACGAAGAGCAGCGCUCCUUCAUCUGCACUCAGCUUGGCUGCGGCAGGUCCUUUGCCAUGAAGCAAAGUUUACUGCGCCAUGGUGUGGUUCAUGAUCCUGAAAAGAAGCAGGGUAACUACUUGCAGUAUUUAUUACUGAUCAGCUGAAACGGACUUUUAGUCUUUAGGUUGUACAACAGGUAUUUAAAAUGUUUUUAAGUUGAAAAUAACUGCCCUUAUUGUCUCUUUCAGUUGAAACCCCAUCCGAAGCACUCCCUGGCGUCCCGUCUGAGUGGCCACAAACCAAAAAACAAACGUCUAACAGAAACUUCAAAUUCAGAUGAAUCUUCGGUGCCACAAAAUAGCCAAUCAGAAACCAUUAUGAAUCUGCAAUUAAAUGGUCCAUUGCCUUCUUUCAGCUCUGAAAGCUGUAAAUUACCAAAACCAGACUUCCCAGAAACCUCCCAGAGUUUAAUAAGUUCUGAUUUAGAGCCCGUUAAAUCAGAAAGUGUUGUCAGCAAAACAAAAUCCAUUUAUUCUGAGCUCAACGACCCUGCAAAUCCAGUGGUUCACCUUUUAGAGCCCCUCUUAGUGUAGAGUCCAUGAGUCAUAUUCCAGUGAACCCUAAAGCUUUCUAAAGCAACAUUUUUGGAGUCUUACGCCAUUUAUGCUGGUGUCUCCGAGUCAGGUUUUAAAUUCUUGUUCGAAGUCUCUGCUCCCUUUCUCUGCAGUUCUUUAGCAGAAGCAAGCCGAAGGACACACAUGGCAGCACGACCCCCACGAACCACAGACGGUUUCGAUACAAAGCCAACAGCCACUGAUAUCCUCUCCACCAUUUGCAUUAAGACUUUGUCCUGUUUAGG